AUGCAAGGAGAAAUUUCUUUCUUCUCACAAGGAAGAAAUAUCCUUCAUAAUGCAAAUGAAAAAGAAAAUCUUCGACUUGUUAAAUCCCUGAUUGAUUGUGGCGGCGAUGAAGAAGUAAGAGAUAAAUAUGGAGACACUCCACUUAAUAUUGCAGCAUGGUAUGGCAAUCUUGAAGUAGUUAAAUAUCUUAUCUCUGUUAGAGCUUAUAAAGAGGCAAGAAAUAAUAUUAUAGCGGAAAUAGUUAAGUAUUCAUCUAAUCUUGACUGA